AUGACCACUCUCGAGUCCGACGGCGGUGGUUCAACUCUCAUCUCCCCAAACCUGGAUGGCCUCAAGCGUGCCCGAACCAUCAAAGCCGACAUCGAGAACAACAUCUCCGUGUUGAAGUCCAAGAACAAGACUAAUCUCCUUCGCCGCCGCGUAGAGGAUGACCCCGAGAACCAGCUUAUCAAGACGCUUCGCCAAGAACACCGUAUGGAUUGGGGUGCCAUAGCCAACUACUUGAACGAGGAGCGCCAGAAGCGCGGUGAACCGGCGUGCUUCACCACACCCGCCGUCUACUCUCGCUUCGUGCGCAACGGUCCCCGCAUCGCUGCUGCUCUAGGAGAAAUCGGCUUCGACCCGAAGGACUACAUGCACCUCCGCAACCCGAAGCAAUAUCUGGCUGCCAACACCAACCUCGGUAGUAGCAUCCCGCAGAAGCGUGCCCGCGAGGAGACCGACUGCGAGAAGGGAAUCAAGGAUAACACGCGGAAGCGCUCCAAGCUGGCCGAUGACUGCGCGGAGCUGGAGACGACCGAGAAGACGGAGCUCCUGAUGCAGGCUGUGGCGACGGUGGAGCGCAACUUCUGGAUAUUCGUGGCGGAUGAGCUGGAGCGUAUGACGACGAAGUUGUAUGACCCGCGUGCUAUCGAGAGCCGUUAUCACGCUAUCUGA